AUGAUUCUAGACAUACCUUCCAAUGUUCACGUACCCAAGUUGCCGGACCUCCUCUGGAGCCUCGGCCUGGCCAUCCUCGGAGUUUUUGUGCUACGCACCAUCUACUACGCGACCCUCCAUCCCCUGGCGGGAUACCCAGGCCCGCUUCUCGCACGCAUCACCACCAUCACGUCGCUGCGGCACCGCGCCGAUGGGUCCAAUCAUAGCUGGCCAUUGCUCCUCCACAAAAAGUACGGCCACAUUGUGCGCAUCGGCCCUAGUGAGCUGAGCUACAGCCACCCUGAUGCAUGGCACGACAUCUAUGCCAAGGCUGGCGGUGGAGGCGACAUGCCAAAGGAUUUUGUCGGGCUGGGGCCAGACAUGGCGGCGCCCGAGAAAGGCAUCGUGCGCGCCGACGACGCCAACCACCAGCGGCAGCGGCGCAUCUUCUCGCAUGCCUUUUCCGAUCGUGCCGUGCUGAAGCAGGAGAGCCUCGUGCAGGGACAUGUCCGCAACUUGAUGUGCAAGCUGGCCGACGAGAAUGCGGAACCUGCUUCUUCCCAUGGCCGAGUCGACCUCAUGACCUGGCUGAGCUAUCUGGCCUUUGACAUCAUGAGCGACCUCAUGUACGGCGAGCCGCUCGGCAUGCUCGAGAGCGACCAGUCGGCGCGCCAGUGGGUCCGCGACACGUACUCGACCAUCAAGACGGUCACGCUCGGCAUGGCCAUGAUGGGGUGGCACCCGCCCCUGGGGCCGCUGCUUCUUGAAUACGUCUGGGGCGGCAGUGGCAAGCGCCGCGCCCAGCACAACCGCUUCUCGAUGGACCGUGUCGACAAACGCCUGGACCGCGGUGACAACUCGGGCAGCGACCUUUGGUCAAUGAUCAUGCAGAAAAGCGGCAGCGAGAAGCAACCAGGCAUCACGCGGGCUGAAAUGUACUCUAACGCCGCAACGUUCAUGAUCGGCGGCACCGAGACCACUACAGCCGCCACGUCGGCUCUGACGUACCUGCUGCUCAAGCAUCCGGCCAAGAUGGCCAUGCUGCGCGCUGAGAUCGACGCCGCCAUUAAUGACCCGCAGGCGGACAUGACUUUCACCUGCCUGCGCAAAUUGCCGUACCUCAACGCGUGCAUCGAGGAGGCCAUGCGCCUGUACCCGCCCGCACCGACGCCCAUGCCGCGCAUAGUGCCCCGCGGGGGCCGUGUCGUCUGCGGGCGCUACGUGCCGGCCGGCACGCGCGUCGAUAUCCCGCUGUACGCAGUUGCGCAUCACCCGGAUAACUUUGUCGAUCCUGAGGAAUUCGUGCCGGAGCGGUGGCUGGACGACAGCGACCGGCCUGCCAAGUAUGCUGGGGAUCGGAGAGAGUGCGUCAAGGUAUUUUCGGCGGGACCGAGAGACUGUAUUGGCAAGAACCUUGCGUACCCCGAGAUGAGACUCAUAAUGGCCAGCCUGUUGUACCAUUUCAACAUUGAGUUGGCCGACCCCAGCUUUGACUGGUUAGACCAGAACAGUUACGGGAUCUGGGACAAGCACCCGCUUUGGGUAACGCUGGUGCGUCGCCAAGUUGAAAAGGUCAUUUGA